AUGGUGGCAUUCCCACACACUGGCUGGCGAAAGCCGGCGAUUCGCAUUUUUGACCGGCCUUCCGUCUUCCUCGCCGGAGCUGUCUCAUCACUGUUGCUUCUCUGGGCCUUCUUUUUCUUCUCAGCUCUUGAUUCCAUCGCCAUUUUCUCUCAAUCCAAACCCAAUUCCUGCAACUGUAACCAACACGACCCCGCCUUCAACCUCCAGUUCGACCCACCUAUCGCCACCUUCUACGAUGACCCAAGUUUCGGCUACACCAUCGACAAACCCAUAACAAAUUGGGACCGAAAAAGGCGAACAUGGCUCCAACUCCACCCCUCUUUUGAGCCCAGGUCACAGGAGCGAGUCUUUAUCGUGACUGGGUCACGAUCUACGCCAUGCAAAAGCCCCACCGGAGACCAUUUCUUGUUGAGAUUUUACAGGAACAAAGUCGAUUACUGUCGAAUCCAUGGCUACGAUAUCUUUUACAACAAUGUGUUACUCGACCCCAAUAUGCACUCCUGCUGGGCAAAGAUUCCGGCGGUUCGGGCGGCGAUGGUUGCUCAUCCGGAAGCCGAAUGGAUCUGGUGGCUCGAUGAAGAUGCUGUGUUCACCGACAUGGAAUACAAGCUUCCGUUACAUCGGUACAAAGAUUAUAACUUCGUCGUCCAUGGAUGGCCGAAAGAGGUUUACCAGAAGAAAAGCUGGUUAGGGUUGAACGCAGGAUCGUUUCUGAUCAGAAAUUGUCAAUGGUCACUCGAUUUCUUGGAUUCAUGGGCCGACAUGGGACCCCAAUCUCCUAAUUUUGAUAAAUGGGCUGGAAUUUUGAUGGAUGUGUUCAAGCAUGAAUCCGAUGACCAGACAGCGAUGGCGUACUUGCUCCUGAAGGAACACCAACAAUGGUAUGGAAAGAAGAUGCUGAUCGAGACUGGAUAUUAUCUCGAAGGGUACUGGGUUCUGAUUGUCGAUACAUUGAAGAACAUAACAGAGAGGUAUCUGGAGAUUGAAACGACGGCGGCGAUGUUACGACGGCGACACGCGGAGAAGGUGAGUGAGCGGUACGGUGUGUUACGAGAGCCGUCGUUGAAAGACGCCGGGAAUGAGUUUGGGAGCUGGAGGCGGCCGUUUGUGACUCAUUUCGCCGGGUGUCAGCCGUGUAAUGGGAAACAUAACCCGUUGUUCACCGGAGCAAGUUGUCGGAAAUCCAUGAACAUGGCUUUGAACUUUGCUGAUAACCAGGUGCUCCGAAAUUACGGGUUUGUUCACCGGAAUUUAUCAGAUCCUUCGGUGGUUUCGCCGCUGCCAUUUGAUUAUCCUGCUUGA